UUAAUCCUCCCUAUUCAAUUUGUUUUAAGAGCGUCCGUGCGUUAAACUCUCAAUAAAAUUACAGGGAAACAUUGUGUUCUAGUAAAAACAAAAUUUCCCCUUAUGUUUUUGUUUCUCUUUCCAGAAAGUUACAACAUGAUUUACUACAAUUCACUGGGUUCCAAUGCGGAGACAAGUGGUCAAUCAUGCAAUGAUUAUGAUUCACCUGUUGUGAUCACUAAAAGUGAGAUUGGCACAGGUGUCUACAACAUGGUUCCUUCCCCCGAAGUGGUCGAGCAGAAAUGCUCGAUUUACACCGGAGAGGGUGCCUACAUCAACCUGGGCAAUUUCGCUGGGACCUGCGUCUCUGAUCCUGACGUGUGUGCUUCACACAGCGUGACCUGGUCACUAUGGCUCAAGAUCAACUCGUCGACAAGUUUCACCAGUAAUAGGUAUUUUGUUUCAGUGGGAGGACGUACUUGGAGAGGACGGGGCAUCACCUUCCUGUACAGGAACUCGGAUAACAAAUUCUUGUUCGGAGCUCGGAGUGAAUCGUGGACAUACUAUCUGAAGUACGAGACGAAUAAGAUUCCGAUGGAUAGAUGGUUCCACCUGGCCGCUACUGUGGAUCUGUCACCAACAAAGUCACUUGUCUUGUACCUGGACGGCAAGGAGUUUGGCAGGUGCUAUGAUCCAACAGAAAUAACUUCGCCAAAUGAUGGAUGCACCAAGCUGAUUUUAGGCAACGCCAAUCCAUGCUUUGGGAUCAUACCAUCAUCUCUGACAUCCGGAGGUUCAGCAGCCUACAGCAAUCUAAUGGUAUUUGAUCAUCUCCUCAGCAAAGAACAAAUAGCCAACCUCUACGCCUGCGGGUCCCUUGAUUGGGCCCUACGAAUUCGCAGCCUGUACAUCGAUACCACUUUCAAAUACAGCGGAAGUCUUCGCUAUGUUUGCACGGCAAGCGCCUCUACUGGACCCACAAUUUACUGGAGCGUGUACCACCAAGAGCGAGCGCAGUGGCAGGACCUGGGCCGAAACUCCACCGAGGAAGGCUGUGAGAUUACCCCGACCAGCUUCUCACCGUGCGUGGUGCAGUCUGCCCUGGUCAUCGAUCAGGGACACGGACCCAUCGCUGAGGGUGACAUCAUCACCUGCACGGCAAACUCUGGCGCAAGGAAUGCUUCUGUGUCUAUCCGGCAAGGACAGGUCCUGGAAGCAACUGUUGGUUUGUACAGUAGCCAUGGAAACGCAGGAUUGUUCGUGGCCAAAACUGGACAAGAAUACUACGGAAGUUUUGACAGAAGUGGAGAGGAUUUGGAGAACGGAAGAUAUCCGUUUGUUUGUACGAAAUCUCGUCGCGACAUGUAGACUUGUGGGCUGCUUUGUUCUUAAAGUUCACUUUGGUUCUGCUGUGAAGGUGGUAAUAAGCACAGUCCUUUUAUGGCUAAUCUUUACAGGUUCGCGGUUUAAUGUCCCACGUAAAAAUAACUUUUGCUCGUACCCAUUACCCUCGAACCAAGGUGACAGAUUUUCAAGCACUCUCAUUGGCCAAUUUCUGUGUGACGACUUCCAGGGGAAGUCAAAAUAGUGCUACGUGAUUGGUUGGCAAGCAAGGUUGUGACGCUGUUCACAGUAGUCUAGAUGGAAGAUAGGGUUCCCAUGCACUCCCAUACAUUUUUAACCUACUUUUUGUGUA